AAGGAAAAUAUUUAAAAUCGGAAUCCUCUACCUAUGAAAAUGAACUAUACAAGGUAUACUAGCUAUACAAGGUAUAUGGUCUGUCUAACAUCUUCAGUCAUUGGAUCUGGCAUCCUGUCGAUCAAAUGGAGCACAGUGCAGUUGGGCUGGGUCGUGGGUCCAGUCUGGAUGCUUUGCUUUGCCAUAGUCACCUAUGUCUCUUCCUUCCUCCUCUCUGACUGUUACCAGUCCCCAGAUCAAGUAAUGGGAGUGUGGAAUUACACUUAAUGGAUUCUGUUAGAAUUAACCUUGGUAUUACAACACAGACCCAUGUUUUCAUUUCUAUUGUUUAGGCUGCGUUUGGAUGCACUAUUGAUUUGAAUUGCAAUAGCUAGUUAUAUAUUCCUUUCACACUCCAACUUGAAAGUAGCACUUCUGUAAUUUGGAGACUGAAACUCACUAUGAAUGAAUAAUUUACACAUUGUGUAAUUGGAUUUUGGUCAUUUCCACCUUAUAGAGCUGAUAAUUAUUCUGAUUCAAUUACAUCGUGCAUCCAAACACAGCCUUAUCUACUUGAAUUUUUCGUUUUUCGGAAGUAUAGAUUGUUUCUGUAGCUUCUGUGAUUUGUUUGAUGAUAGUACAGGUAGAAAGCAGAGAUGGGUCUGUGUGUUGCUACAAUAUAUGAGCUGGUAUGGGACUGGUAUUGCUUAUAUAAUCACUACUGCAAUCAGCAUGAGGUGCUUCUUUAAAGUGAAGUUCCCUGCUCUGUCUCUUCUUGAAAGAGUAGGAUUUCCAAUCAUACUCUGGCUCAUUGUGGCACAUGUAGGAGAUUCAGGCUGCUCAUCAGUCAUCAUGUCCUUUUCCUAUUCUUCCAUUGGCUUUGCACUUGGGCUUGCCAAAGUCAUAGGAAACAGGAUGAUCAAAGGGAAUAUCGUCAGAGUUCCUCAGUCGACAUCAACUGAAAUUUUGUGGAAAGUCUCUCAAGCACUUGGAGACAUUGCAUUCGCCUAUCCGUACUCCAUAAUUCUUAUUGAAAUACAGGAUACACUGAAGUCGCAGCUGCCUGAAAACAAGACCAUGAAGAAGGCGUCAAUGAUUGCAAUUUUCAUCACCACCUUCUUCUACCUAUUCUGCGGAUGCUUUGGAUAUGCUGCCUUUGGGAACAACACACCAGGGAACAUCUUGAAAGGGUUUGGAUUCUACGAACCAUAUUGGCUCAUCGAUUUCGCCAAUGCUUGCAUUGUUCUUCAUUUGGUGGGAGGAUAUCAGAUGUUCAGCCUGACAGUCUUUGUAAUUGUUGAGAAAUGGAUUGCACAAAAGUAUCCAAGCAGUGGUUUUGUGAACAAUCUCUACACAGUCCAAAUCCCAUGCCUUCCACCUUACCAAAUCAACCUCCUUAGGAUAUGCUUCAGAACAGCUUAUGUUGUGUCAACCACAGGCAUUGCAAUGCUCUUCCCUUACUUCAAUCCGGUGUUGGGAGUCUUGGGGGCCUUGAAUUUCUGGCCACUGGCCAUCUAUUUCCCUGUGGAGAUGUACUCUGUGCAAAGAAAGAUUGGGCCAUGGACUAGGAAAUGUGUGGUCCUACAGACAUUUGGCCUUGUGUGAUUGCUUGUGAGUAUGGUGGCCUUGGUGGGGUCCAUUGAAGGGCAUGUUAGUAAGAAGCUAAGCUGACAAUUUAAGUGGACUUCUUUUCUUUAUUUUUAAUUAGCCAAUGAGAAGAAAUAGGCUUUUUAGUUGUUGUUUUCUUUUCUUCUU